AAAUAUGAAAGUCGCUUGUUAAAACCCAAAACCCUCGCCGCUGAAGCUGAAGCUCCGUCGAAUAUGCCAAUCUGCAAUAGCAAGAGUCUGUUGAUAGCCUCGAAUCUUCGUAAUAGACGGCGUAAAUCCAAAUCCAAAAGACAAAAGCUUCUUCGGAAUGAACGUGUUCCACUAAUAGAGGAAGAAGAAGAAGAAGAAGAUGACGGAGCAGGGUUCAAGCUGAAAACUACAGGUACAGCGCGCGAGCAUGGAGUUCAACCUCUUGGGAACCUCUAUUUCAUCAAUCGGGGUGCGGUGAAUGCUAGAAACACUGGAUUAGGUAAUCUCCAGAUACUCACCGAUGAGCUCGUUUUGGAUAUUCUUGGCCUUCUCGGAGCGACCCAUUUGGGUGUUUUGGCUACUGUAACCAAAUCUUUCUAUAUCUUCGCCAAUCACGAGCCUCUCUGGAGAAAUCUCGUGUUAGAUGAGUUAAAAGGCGAGUUUUUGUUUACCGGGUCGUGGAAAUCUACCUAUGUAGCUGCUUGUCACCCGAAAUUCCAACUUUCCGGAGCUGCUGAAUCGGUUUUGAAGACUAGAGACUUCUAUUCCGAUUAUCUGUUUCAGAGCUGGUUAUGCGCGAAUCUCGAAAUGAAACCUGAAUGGCUCGAAAGAGACAAUGUCACCCGGGUGAGAGGCAUUUCUGUUGAAGACUUCAUUACAAAGUUUGAGGAACCAAAUAAGCCGGUUCUGUUGGAGGGAUGUUUGGAUGACUGGCCUGCCAUUAAGAAAUGGUCGAAAGAUUAUCUGACUAAGGUGGCUAAGGAUGUCGAAUUCGCAGUCGGUUCAGUUGAAAUGAAGCUCGAGAACUAUUUUAGUUAUUCUGAUAGUGUUAGUGAAGAAAGGCCCUUGUACUUGUUUGAUCCCAAGUUUGCAGAGAAAGUUCCGAUUUUGGAUUCGGAAUAUGAUGUUCCUGUGUAUUUCAGAGAGGACUUGUUUAGUGUUCUAGGAAACGAGCGACCUGAUUAUAGAUGGAUCAUAAUUGGGCCAUCCGGAUCAGGAUCAUCUUUCCACAUUGAUCCUAACUCGACAUCUGCUUGGAAUGCGGUGAUCACAGGGUCGAAAAAAUGGGUUUUGUUCCCGCCUGAUGUGGUUCCUCCGGGCGUGCAUCCAAGUCCUGAUGGAGCAGAAGUGGCUUGUCCUGUUUCAAUAAUAGAGUGGUUCAUGAACUUUUAUGGUGAUACUAAGAGUUGGAAGAAGAAACCUAUUGAGUGUAUAUGCAAAGCCGGGGAGGUGAUGUUCGUACCUAAUGGAUGGUGGCAUCUGGUGAUUAACCUGGAGGAGUCAAUUGCCAUUACUCAGAAUUAUGUUAGCAGGAGGAAUUUGUUGAAUGUGUUGGACUUUCUGAAGAAACCAAAUGCUAAAGAGCUCGUCUCUGGAACAAGUGACAGAGAGAAUUUGCAUGACAAAUUCAAGAAGGCCAUUGAAGGAGUUUACCCCGGGACUAUCCAAGAAUUAGAGAAGAAAGCAGAAGAAGAGAAAAGAGCCGAAGAACAAAAAGUUACUUUCUGGGACUCUGUAUCAGAUUCCAAAGCUGGUGCUUUCAAGUUUUCUUUCUAAAGACAAAACAUCAUCUUAAAUUUUCAAAAUAUUUUUUUUCGGAAA